AUGCAGAGAGCCAAUGCGUCGACGGUGACGGACUUCGUCCUGGUGGGCUUCUCGGCCUUCCCCCGCCUGCAGCUGCCGCUGUUCCUGCUCUUCCUGCUCAUGUACCUCUUCACGCUGCUGGGCAACCUGCUGAUCAUGGGCACCGUGUGGGCCGAGCGCGCCCUGCACACGCCCAUGUACCUGUUCCUGUGCGCCCUGUCCAUCUCCGAGAUCCUCUACACCUUCGCCAUCGUGCCCCGCAUGCUGGCCGACCUGCUGGCCGCGCGCGCCGCCCUGCCCACCAUCUCAAGGGCCGCCUGCGCCUCGCAGACGCUCUUCUCCUUCGCCUUCGGCUUCACCCACUCCUUCCUGCUCACCGUCAUGGGCUACGACCGCGGGGUGGCCAUCUGCCGCCCUCUCCACUACCAUGUGCUCAUGAGUGCCCGGGGCUGCGGCGGCCUGGUGGGCGGGUCUUGGGUGGGUGGCACGGCCAUGGGCACGGUGGUCACGGCCGCCGUGUUCGGCCUGGACUUCUGUGGCCCUCGUGAGAUCCACCACUUCGCCUGCCAUGUGCCACCACUGCUUAAACUGGCGUGUGGGCCCCGGGUGCGGGCCGUGGCUCUGGGGGUGGCCGGGCUGUGCAUCUCGGCCCUGCUGGGCUGCUUCCUGCUCAUCGUCCUCUCCUACGCCUUCAUCCUGGCCACCAUCCUCAGCAUCCCCUCGGCCGACGGCCGGCGCAAGGCCUUCUCCACUUGCGCCUCGCACCUCACGGUGGUCGUGGUGCACUACGGCUUCGCCUCUGUCAUCUACCUCAAGCCCAAGGGACCCCAGUCGCUGGAGGGGGACACGCUCAUGGGCUUCACCUACACAGUGCUCACGCCCUUCCUCAGCCCCAUCAUCUUCAGCCUGCGCAACAAGGAGCUCAAGCUGGCCAUCCAGAGGACCGUCCGCAGCAAACUCGCACCUCCGCGCUCCUGA